GACGAUGAUUUGUACAUACCCCGCAGUUCUGUGUGAUGUGUACAUAAAGACGUUGCUGCUGACCUCCAGCUCGUUUCAAAUUUGAUCCUCAUUAUUUCCGUGGUGAUAGAUGAGCAUCUGACAAGACGGACUCAAUUCUCCAGUCGGGAAUAUUAUUAGUAGCGAAAAGACAUUCAGACUCGUUAGCUAUCGGUCAAAAUGCUCUCACACGAUACUGAAAACCAUCGCAUAAUCUAUCAAUAUGACUUUGAAAAAGUCUUCAUCGAGCCAUGGGGCCCAAAUGCUCUUCGCAUCCGUGCAACACAUCAGCCCGAACUCCCCUCAAACCAAGACUGGGCAUUAUCUUCUUCCCCUCCAGAUAGUCCAACAUCGAACAAAACAACAAUCAAUAUAGAGUCCGACACCACCGGUGGAACGAUCACAAACGGCAAAAUAACUGCCAACAUCUCUCCACGAGGCAAAAUUAUCAUUCGAAAUGCGCAAACGGGCCAGUUACUUCUAGAAGAGUACAUGCGCAAUCGCAACGAUCAACUAGAUCCGAAAUGCUCUGCUUUACUCGUCGAAGCACGCGAGUUCAAGCCCCGCGCCGGUCGUGAUGAUUACCAUUUAACCAUGAGACUAGAAAGUGUUGAACGGGACGAGAAGAUCUACGGCAUGGGACAAUAUCAGCAACCAUAUCUCGAUCUGAAAGGUCUUGACUUAGAACUUGCGCAACGUAAUUCACAGGCUUCUGUACCUUUUGCUGUCUCUUCGCUUGGGUAUGGUUUAUUGUGGAAUAAUCCUGGUGUUGGUCGCGCAGUGCUGGGUAAGAAUAUCAUGUCGUUCGAGGCAUAUUCUACCCGAGUUUUGGAUUACUGGAUCGUUGCGGGAGAUUCACCAAAGGAGAUUGUCGAAGCGUAUGCGGAUGUUACCGGAAAGGUUCCUAUGAUGCCUGAAUAUGGACUUGGUUUUUGGCAGUGUAAGCUGCGAUAUCAGACUCAAGAGGAAUUGCUGAGUGUUGCACGAGAAUAUCGAAGACGAAAACUACCUAUCGAUUUGAUUGUGAUUGAUUACUUCCAUUGGCCAUUGCAAGGAGAAUGGAAAUUUGAUCCUACGUAUUGGCCAGAUCCGGAUGCAAUGAUCAAAGAACUCAACGAGCUCAAGAUUGAACUCAUGGUCUCCAUAUGGCCCACGGUCGAUAUCAAAUCGGAAAACUAUGAGGAGAUGCUUGCAAAAGGUUAUCUCAUCCGCACAGAUCGUGGUAUCCGUACAGCCAUGAACUUCCAAGGCGAAACCGUACAUUUUGAUGCCACCAAUCCAGGUUCGCGAAAAUACGUCUGGGAGAAAGCACGUCAAAACUAUUAUUCUAAAGGCAUCAAGGUAUUUUGGCUCGACGAAGCUGAGCCAGAGUAUUCAGCCUACGAUUUCGACAAUUACAGAUACCACCUCGGCUCAAACGUCACUAUUGGCAACAUAUACCCUCGAGAAUAUGCAAGAGCAUUCUACGAAGGCCAAACAGAAGCAGGACAGAAGAAUAUCGUCAACCUGCUCCGAUGCGCAUGGGCAGGAUCUCAAAAGUAUGGCGCUUUGGUCUGGAGCGGCGACAUUGCGUCUAGCUGGGAGUCACUGCGCUGCCAGUUAGCGGCGGGUCUUAACAUGGGCAUGGCAGGAAUUCCAUGGUGGACGACAGAUAUCGGCGGAUUCCACGGUGGAGAUCCAACCAAAGAAUCAUUCCGAGAGUUACUUGUGCGUUGGUUCCAAUGGGGCGCAUUUUGUCCUGUUAUGAGACUUCACGGAGAUCGAGAACCGAGACAACCACAGCACGGUACUACCGGUGGUGCAACAUGUCUGUCAGGAGCGGAAAAUGAAGUUUGGUCUUAUGGAGAAGAGGUUUAUGCCAUAUGCAAGAAAUAUUUAAAGAUCCGUGAGCAAUUGCGGGACUAUACCAGGGAACUUAUGAAGGAGGCUCACGAGAAAGGGACACCAGUUAUGAGACCACUCUUCCUCGAAUUCCCCCAAGACAAGACUGCCUGGGAGGUUGAGGAUCAGUAUAUGUAUGGCUCCAAGUAUCUCUGCGCACCGAUAUUGUAUCCAGGUCAAAAAAAGCGAUCCGUUUAUCUUCCUGAGGGAGAAUGGCACUACUACGCGGAUGGCUCAAUGGGGACAGGUGAGAUUGGGAGGAAAUCUUCUCAGGGAUACAGAUUCCAAUUAGAAAAGGGACAGUGGAGAGAAUUUGAUUGUCCUAUUGAAAUUAUGCCCGUGUUUAUUAGGGUUUAGAUCUGAUGAUAUAGGGCUUUUCCGGUCUGAUGAGGAUCUGGUAAACAGCUUACUGUUCUUAAUUUGAUAGAGAUGGUAUACCUAGGUAGAAAAGCCCUUAGCACUUAGUGGUGAGUUUGAUAACGGAUUAAAUGAUUAGGAGUUCAGCUU